UUUUUGCUUCUUAUCUUCUUUCUUCAAUUUCUUUGCUCCUCCAUUUGAAGAGGCCAAGGGGUCAUUUUACUGGGAUAUGGACAGUAGAGAGGCAACAAAGUUAUUGCUGUGCUUUGAUUUAGUUGUAGGGCGUCAUAGUUCCCUCGAGGGACGGUUUACUGUUAUUGAUUUUGAGUUUCUGGAUUCUGGGUUUUUUGUUAUAAAAGAAGCUUGUGUUCUUUGAUUGGAGAUAAUGUGCAUGGAAGCUUUUGUUGUUGGUAUCGGUUUUUAUGCUUCUGAAGAUGGAAAUGGAAGUAGCAACUGGAGCUCUUCUUGUUCUUUGAGACCUUUCCUUUAAAAGCUCUCUAAUUGCAUCACCUUCUCUUGUUUUUGGGUGGUAAUUGUUUUGAGCAUAAUGGUGGGGGGAUUUCCAGUGGUACUCUGUAUUCCUUUCACUUCCAUUGUCAGAAAGUAAUUGUCGUGACCCCCCUAUUCUUCCUUUUGUUGGUGUGACAAACCAGGAUUUUCUUAAUCAAAGAUUUUGUUUUGAUUUUAGAUUUCCCCUCUGUUCAGGUCAUGAAAGCACCUGGUCUUCUUUAACACUUAGUUAGAGGGUGUACUAAAUUUUUCACUACAAGUUACAGAAACUGCUCUCACUCUGUUUCUUUAGAUUUGGAGGAGCUUAGCCUUCUCAAAUCAUAAAAAUGGGCCUGACAGGUGCUGUAAAAGUAGUCUUAGGUUCCAUUGCCUUCGGAAUUUUCUGGGUCCUAGCUGUUUUCCCUGCAGUUCCCUUCCUACCAAUUGGGAGGACUGCAGGCUCCCUCCUUGGUGCCAUGCUCAUGGUCAUCUUCCAAGUCAUAUCGCCUGACGAAGCUUAUGAAGCAAUUGAUCUUCCAAUUCUUGGCCUCCUCUUCGGCACCAUGGUCGUCAGUGUCUUUCUUGAAAGAGCUGACAUGUUCAAGUAUCUUGGUAGAUUGCUCUCAUGGAAGAGUAGAGGUGGUAAAGAUUUGCUCUUUCGAAUUUGUCUUAUCUCUGCCAUUGCAAGUGCUCUAUUUACCAAUGACACCUGCUGUGUUGUCCUUACUGAGUUCAUACUAAAGAUUGCUAGACAGAACAAUCUACCACCACAACCGUUUCUUCUAGCCCUUGCUUCUAGUGCAAACAUUGGAUCUGCUGCAACUCCAAUUGGUAACCCGCAAAAUCUAGUCAUAGCUGUUUGGAGUGGAAUCUCCUUCGAACGGUUCCUGUGGGGGAUACUUCCAGCAAUGAUUGUGGGAAUACUCAUGAAUGUGGCCAUCUUGCUAAUCUACUUUUGGAAGUUAUUGUCAAUAGAGAAGGAUGAAGAAGUGGCAUCAGUAACAGGAGAUGUGGUGGUGGAAGAUGAUAUGAAUUUGCACCGGUUUUCACCGGCGACAAUGUCACAUGUUACUUCCAUGGGUUCUCAGGAUUUUGGUUUAGCAGUUGAUCCUGGGCGCGCUGUCAGUCAUAGAAGUAGGACUAGUAGCAUGGAUAUUGACAUACAAACUCCCUGGAGUGGUGGAAUUGAGUCCAUGAGGCCCUCAAAUGCAUCAAGAGAAGUGGUAGAGGGUGCUGGAAUUUCUCUGAGUAGGGAUGAAGUUGUGACCUCAAGGAGUGUCGUGAGAGGUACUAGCAAUCCAAGAAGUAGUCCAAUAGGAGAUGCUUCAGUCCGAUCUGCAGAUGAGGAGGGUUUAAUCAAGAGAUGGAAGAGAGCGUGGUGGAAGACAUGUGUCUAUCUUGUGACCGUUGGAAUGCUCAUUGCUCUUUUAAUGGGGCUUAACAUGUCAUGGAGUGCAAUUACUGCUGCUCUUGCUCUUGUGGUACUCGAUUUCAAGGAUGCACGCCCUUGCUUGGAGAAGGUUUCAUACUCCUUGUUGAUAUUCUUUUGCGGGAUGUUCAUAACUGUUGAUGGAUUUAACAAAACUGGCAUACCUAGUGCAUUAUGGGACUUUGUUGAACCACAUGCUCGUAUUGAUAGUCCUGGUGGUGUUGCACUGCUCUCUCUGGUGAUUCUUGUUCUCUCAAAUGUUGCAUCCAACGUACCCACUGUGCUUCUUCUUGGAGCAAGGGUAGCAGCAUCAGCAGCAGUUAUAUCUCCCGAUGAGGAGACCAAGGCUUGGCUUAUACUUGCAUGGGUUAGCACAGUGGCUGGAAACCUUUCUUUGUUGGGUUCUGCUGCAAAUCUUAUAGUCUGUGAACAGGCUAGGCGUGCUCAAUAUUUUGGCUACAACCUCUCUUUCUUCAGCCACCUACGCUUUGGGGUUCCAUCAACCCUCAUUGUCACUGCAGUCGGCUUGCUCCUCAUCGUGAGUUACUGAAUAGUCUGAUGGAGAGCCCUUUAGAAAACAAGUUUUUGUAACAUACAGUUACAUAGGUUCAACGCAUGCAGCUUUUAGCCAUUUCUACUGUUUCCUUGUCAUGAAUAAAUAAUGGGGAAGCCUGUUGUACUAGAGCAAUGCUGUUUCGUUUGAUGAUGCGCCAUUUCUUUUGCUACAAUGUACAAAUCAAUAGUGGAGAAAUAAAUUCCACGAGCUGGUGAUUUUUUUA